AUGCCAAAAUGGAGAGUCGGCGGACCGAUCGCAGGAGCUGCGGUCCUUUGCGUAAUAACGAACGCAGCAGCUGCCAUUGCAACGUCAUUUGGCGAUCUAUUGACCAUCCACCACGCCGAAGAAGGGCUUCCUAGUGAACAGUCGACGCGCCCUCUAGCGCCAUCAAAAGACGACAAAAACUCGUUUUUUUCGUACACCCUAGCACCGAAUAUUGCGCUGAAUUUCCCGCCAAGUACGUCUCCUCCGAAUUGGGUGGGCCCGAGUAUUGGUGACUUUACAGACUCGGCAUGUUAUCGCAAGAUCCAUAGGCGGGACUCAAAUGGGGACUGUCCUCGAGGGUACGCGAAGAAUGCAGGCUGGUGCUCGUCGCAGUGUCCAAUGGCGUACCCCGUCCAGUGCAUUGCCGAAUGCGUACCUCAAAACGACGACUGUGUGCUGGAUAUCAUGGCGAAAAUCACCAACCCGGGCUACGUGGUACUUAACAUUGCUACGGCUGGAGUGUUCAAUGCGAUACACAAGACGUCCAAGCAUAUCGAGCAUGGCGUCGUGUGUACUUUUAACGUCUUCAAUAUUGCGGAAGGUAUUUCUCGAUUCCUGCGCACACGACAGCAGAUUACGCCAAAUGGAACGAAAGAGGAGCUGCUUGCUGCCGUCUAUCAAACGGACCUGUUCCUCAUUGAUCUACCCGUUGCUAUCAGUGCGUGCAUGGGACACGACGUUCCGAGAUAUGCCUACUUCGCUGAUGCGAUCGUGACUGCAGCGGAGACGCUGGUAAAACAAUUGGUGCUCAACCGAAACUUGGUCAUGAGCUCUGCCGACGCUUUUAUGGCGUUCUUUCGUAACACCACAGCAGGCAGGUCUACACAAGAUCUUGAUGCUGUCAGUGUGGCGGACAUCACGACCCUGAUCAAGUCCGGCUCGUCCUGCGGGUUCAAUCUCAAGCGACUCACUGACCGCGUCAUUGCGAUGAUUGCGGACAUUCAUGACGUUAAUCCAUAUGCUAGCAAAGCAGACCUUCGUCGUGAAAUCGGCAGCUCUUCUAUCGUGCUGAAUGCCGUUCCAACCGUCACGAAUGAGUGCAUGGGCGAGUUACUGAAGACGAAGAAGCCGUACGUCGCAUACCAAACGCGGGAUACGUUGAGAAAGACGUUUGGCGUGAUCAUCGAGCAACUGAUCAAGACGUCUACUACAGACAUGGGCAAGGCGAUGGCAAGGAAUGAUUAUUUGGUAAAAACAGGCAACUUGGGACUUCAAGGUCUGUCGGCUAUUGAUCCUACAGGUAUCGCGUACAUGGCAUUCAAUUACGUGCAACCCAUGUGCGGCCCGACGGAGUUCAUUGGUGAAAUCGAUGACGGGUCGCUGACAGAUGCUCUUGGACUCACCACUAUGGACGACGCCUUUCGUGGUAGUAGCGGCACGUGGUCUAAGAAGGGCGAUGGUAUUGUGCGGAUCACUUUUGAAAGCACUGACACAAAAGACGUGAGGGUAGAGAUUCACUCAGGGGGUAAAAGAAUCGACUCCGUGAAGGUGUUGUCAGGUGAGAUCGUGAUUUGGAAGUCCACUGUGUUAGAGCUACAAGACAAAACUUUGUACUUGGAUCGGUGGCGUCCGGGCUUUUUGGGCCUUCCUGGUUCAGGUGGUGGUUCUCUGCUACUAUGGGUAUCAAGGUCCUCAGAAGGCGGUCACCUCGAACUGACCGCGAAGAUCAACGUGAGCUGA